GUUUUUUACCAUGAAACUUCAUGAACUAUUCUGAAUGAACCACUGAAAAAUAAGACUAAAAAAUCACCAUGCCUCCAAGACACAGAGCUGGCCCUGUGGACCUGACAGACACGGAUGUAAGCUACCCCCUCCAUCGCCUCUUUGAUGAGUAUAACUUAGAUCAUAUCCCAGUGGAUGAGCGCUUGAAUUCAUUCAAAAAGCGCGAUCUUGCUCAUAUCAAGCACUACAAAGCUGCAGUUAGAAUCUUUGGAGGGCCACUGAGUAGAAAGAGAGUCAUGAUUGCCCCACCUAUGGAAACACCACUGAAACAUCGACUGGGGGUUUAUCAUGGUCGAAAGUCCCCUCCCCUUUCUCCACCAGUUUUGAAUGCAGAACUUAAAGAACAGGUUCAAGCAGAGCCUAAACCAUCCGAGGAAGAAUUAAUUGCAGAAAAAGAAACGCAGAAAGAGGAAGAGUAUAAAAACUGGAUGACAGAGCGACAAAAAUUCCGUCAUGAUCUAGAAAAUAUGGGACUGAGUGAACAUUGGCUGAAUCAGAAACCAAACAUGACAGCCUUAGAAAAAAGAGUGCUGGUCAGAAUGAUCAAAGAGAGAACUCCCCAUUACGAGCCCCCACCUGUUGUCCCAGAAACCCCUUCUGAGGCCUCUAUUCAUGAUGUUCCCAAUGUUAAGAUACCAGCUCCUCUUGGAAUAAGAAUUCUGGAAGAGCAUUUGAGGAAAAAUAAAAUUCGACUUCUUGACUUAUUUGUUGCCACGGAUAAAGACAAAGACUGGAAAAUCACCAGAGAUGAGUUCAGAAAGGUCAUCAAAGAGUCUAAGGUUCCUAUGUCAGAGGCUUUGCUGGAGGAUAUGAUUCUCUCCCUUGACAUGGAUUAUGACAAUAAUUUAGAUUAUAAAGAACUGUCAAAAGGCUUGUCAUUUUGGAAACGAGAGAGGAGGGAAAAUCGCAGAAAGCAGAUUUCAAGAGAAUCUACCAUGGAUUCUCUAAAGUCGAGAUCUAGUUCAUCAACAUCAUUACCUGCUGCCAAUCCUAACUCAUCAGAGGAGACGGUAGAUGAGAAUCAAGACGAUGAAAAAAUCAUUAGAAACUUCUCACCAAGUCGGUCAAACCAUGACGUCCAUUCAAAACCUUCCAAAACCUCUAAUAGUCCUUCCCAAUGUACAUCCAGAAAAUCUGCAAGGUCCUCCAGCAAGUCUGAGGACAAGCCUGAAAAACCCUCUACCGAUAGGACACAGGGCUCCUCAAAACAAGGGACUGACUCAAAAUUGGAAAAACAAGACUCAGCCUUGGGAGGAGGAGAUAAUGACAGUAAGGGGAAGCAAGUGAAUAUUGAAAUAGAAAUUACUGACACCUCAAAGGUAGAAUCGAAGGCAGAUCCCAAAAGAAGUAGGAGCACCACCCCUCAGUAUCUGUCUCCCCCCGAGCUUGACACGGGGCCGGAACACAUCGUGUUAUCAUCAGAGGAAGCCAUGGUGGACCUGAGGAAAAGGGACAGGGAAGCUCUCAAAACCAACAUGAUGAGAAUGUCAGCCAAGAGGUUAGAGGAGGGGCCAGGCAUCAUUAAGGUGGGGGAUAAGGCUAUAGAUGACCACUGUAUGCAGUCCACGCUGGAGGGGGAAAUGGCGGGGAUGGUCGAUAAGUUUAGACAGCUCAAGCUCAGAGAGUUCUAUGAAGUUAACAAGCUAUGUUCCCAACAAGGAAUUGCACUCAGUCCUUCUUUACUAGAAAAAGUUCUGUUGUACCCUCCGGAUAUCCCACACACCUUUAUCAAUAAACAAGUCAAGACCCCAGGGGCGCCCCUUCUCUCCAGUCACUAUGCAGAUCCCCCAAAGAGGCCCCGGACCCCCAUAGAGGUCAAACACAAGGACCGUGUGAGGCGGUCACAGAGUGGUCGACUUCUGAUAGACAGCCGUCACCGCUACCCCCAGGGUCGCUCCGUGGCACCCACAGGCACCAGGGCCACCCUGUCUACUGGGAAAGCCAUCAUAAGGAGAAAGGUAGAUUGCUGGAUGUCCUUUGAGGAGUAUGACAGACUUACAAGUCACCUGGCAAUCAGGUACCAGCAGCUACACGGCUCUUCUGAUUCCAACGCCUUCUGGCCCGGCCAGCUUCUGGAUAAAAUUAGACUGUGUAUGCCCCCGUACGAUAAACCAGAAAUACCAGACCAGAGCGGAAUCGUCUUCCAGAAGGUCAAGGAGAGAAAGCUGACCAAUCUCGGGAAGGCGCGGGAUUACUCGGCCUGGCCAGUCAAUGACCAAGGAUACGUACAGUCCGGGAUAUACGAUCCAUUUGCUAGAAAAUUUAUACACAACUAUUGAUGCUAGAAAAUUUUUAUAUUUAAUCUAUAAAAGCAUGUGCUAUUUUUAUGCCUUAAAAAACAUUUACACUCAUGUUUGUUACUUGCAAUGUUAGAAGUCUGAUUUAAUUUUUAUUUGUAUUUUUUUAUGCAUUCAGGUUUGUUUCUGCAGAAUUUAUUUUUGAUAUUUGUUUGACUC